AUGCAUCCGCACGCCUCCUCGCCACAACUCCUGCUGUUCUUCCUCCUCUCCACCCUCCUCCUCCUCCUCCUUCAGGGCCCCGGCCCGGGCCUCUGCUUCUGCCCAUCCCAGUGUACCUGCGUGUUCCACGGACGCAGCGACGGCGCGGGCUUCAGGUCAGUGCUCUGUAAUGAUCCAGACAUGGGCGACAUCCCCGUGAAUGUCCCCCUGGACACGGCCAAGCUGCGGGUGGAGAAGACAGCGGUGCGCCGCAUCCCAGGCGAGGCCUUCUACUACCUGCCGGAACUGCGCUACCUGUGGAUUACCUACAACUCCAUCACAUCCGUCGACACCUCCAGCUUUUACAACCUCAAGGUGUUGCACGAGCUGAGGCUGGACGGUAACCAGAUCGCGGCCUUCCCCUGGGAGUCGCUACGAGAGAUGCCCAGCCUGCGGACGCUAGACCUCCACAACAAUCGGCUAGCCAGCAUUCCCGCGGAGGCCAUCCCCUACCUGGUCAACAUCACCUACCUGGACAUCUCCAGCAACAAGCUGGUCACGCUUCCUUCCGACUUGCUGGACCUCUGGCCGCCCUUCUCAGGGGCUGCUCCCAAGACCAACGACAGCAAGAUCGUUUUGGGUCUUCAAGACAAUCCCUGGUACUGUGACUGCAAGAUCUCCAAGGUCAUUGAGCUGUCCAAGAUGGUGGACACUCCCAUCAUUCUGAUGGACGCCUUCUUGGCCUGCGGCGGGCCCGAGAACCUAGCGGGAGUUCUGUUCCAGCGGGCUGAGCUGGACCAGUGCUCCAAGCCCACGGUGCUGACAUCGGCCACAAAGAUCACCUCUGCAGAGGGCAGCAACGUGCUGCUGCGCUGUGACGCCAACGGCUACCCCACUCCCGACCUCACCUGGACCAGGGCUGACGGCUCCGCCUUCAACCACACGGUUGUGCAGGAGUCUCCAGGAGAGGGGGUCCGCUGGUCCAUCAUCAGCCUGCAUGGGAUCCUCUUCAAGGACGCUGGAGACUACCGCUGCAGGGCCAAGAACGUGGCGGGUAGAGCAGAUGCGUUUUUCACCCUCUCUGUGGCAGGGGAGGGCGCCUCUACCACAGCGCCGCCCCAGUCAACAGUGAGGACUACCGAGCCAGCGUCCCCCUCCACCGCAGUCACAGAACCAACGCCCCUCUCUUCUCCUGCCUCGUCAGCGCCCCCAAAGACCACCAUCAGCACCACAACGGCCACGACCCCUAGGACAACAAAAAAGGGGCCCGGGCCCGGUGGUGGGAUCCAACGCUCUCCCCCCGCCUCCAAGAUGCAGCAGGGGAAGGGGGGAAAGGGGUCAUCUGAUGCAGAAGAUGACAACAAAACUGUAAAGAAGCCCCUGGACUCCAAACCGGGCCUGCGGGACGUGCAGGUGGUAGAGGAGGGGGUGGACAGUGCCGUGGUGGUGUGGGUGGCAGAGGGGAUGCCGAGCGAUGCCCCCGUCUCCAUCCUGUGCUCCCCCACUGGGGGGGAAGAGGGGGAGGAGAUCAGCAUUAGCUCACAGGCCGGCCGUGGCAAGGAGCUCAUGGAGAACCUCAUCCCCAUGCAGGACUACAAGGUGUGCUUGUCCACCAAGGCCACGCCACCUGGCAAGGAGCAAUGUGUGGAGUUCUCCACACUCGGGGAAGGAGAGGAGGAGAGUGACCUACUGCUGAUUGCCAGCAUCAUUGCCUGUAUGGUGGCCGUGCCUCUCAUCUUUUUCCUCAUCUACAAGAUCCUCUCCCUCUGCUGCAGCAGGACCAGUAGCAGGAGAGGUGGAGAGGAAGGGGAGGAGGAGGACCUUUCCAAGGAGUCCUACGUCAAGUUUGAAACUCUGAACUUGAAACAGAGGACAUUGAAUGGUCAGGUGCCGACGCACGACCUCUGGUCUCGGAGACACACAGAGUCGGAGAGGAUGCUGCUGUGCUCGAGAUCUAGCAUUGACUCGCAGCUAACGUACAAGAGCGACAGCUCGCGGUCAGAGUACUUAUGCUAA